CACAAGUGCAGCUUUCACUCGACUGGCCGAAUGAAUCUGGAUAACUAAAGCAAUCAGACUGGAUUUUAAUUAUUUCACAUCAGGUUUAUCUUCUUAUCUUAAGACUUCCAUGCAACUGCAUUCUCUGUGGAUUCAACUUCAAAGGAGUGGCUUUGUAUCAGAGCAGUGAUGGUGCAGAAAUAUCAGUCCCCUGUGAGGGUUUACAAAUACCCCUUUGAGCUCAUAAUGGUGGCCUAUGAGAGAAGAUUCCCAAACUGUCCACUGAUUCCCAUGUUUGUGAACAGUGAGAUCAUUAGUGAGAGUCAGAGUGAGGAUGGGGAGACUAAGGUGGUCGAGCGCAGAUGUACGGUGGAUGUGGAUGCACCUAGACUCCUAAAGAGGAUUGCAGGAGUGGAGUAUCUGUAUUUCAUUCAAAAGAACUCUCUGGACCGCAGACAGAGAACUCUACACAUAGAAGUCUAUAAUGAGUCCUUCUCUAGUAAAGUCUUCGUUCGUGAACACUGUUGCUACACGGUUCACCCAGAGAAUGAAGACUGGACCUGUUUUGAACAGUCUGCUGACAUGGACAUCAAAUCGUUUUUUGGGUUUGAGAACUCAGCAGAGAAGAUCGCCAUGAAGCAAUAUGCUUCCAGUAUUAAAAAGGGGAAGGAGAUUAUUGAAUUUUAUCUCAAACAGCUGGAAGAGGAGGGUAUUACUCAUGUGCCCCUUUGGACUCCUCCUCCUGCCCCUACCACAUCUCACCAACUGCCCGUCAGCUUAGCCAGAGCUAACCCAGCAUGCAGCAGCAGAGCUCACCCUGGCUCCACAGACAUCCUGCAUGGCUCACCAGAUGACAAGUUAGAUGCCGAUUACAUUUCACGCUAUCUGGGAAAGCUGACCCCUUUCCAAGAGAGCUGCCUUAUUCGUCUACGACAAUGGCUGCAGGAAACCCACAAAGGUAAGAUCCCUAAAGACCAGCAUGUGCUGCGUUUCUUGCGCUCACGGGACUUUAACCUGGAUAAGGCCAAAGAGGCUCUGUGCCACACGCUCACAUGGAGGAAGCAGCAUCAGAUGGACUUUCUGUUGGACACAUGGCUGUGUCCACAGCUGCUGCAGGACUAUUACACUGGAGGCUGGCAUCACCAUGACAAAGAUGGUCGUCCACUCUAUAUUCUUCGACUUGGACAAAUGGACACAAAAGGUUUAGUGCGGACACUGGGAGAAGAGACCCUACUGAGACAUGUGAUGUCCAUCAAUGAAGAAGGCCUCAGACUCUGUGAAGAAACCACAAAAAUCUUUGGAAAACCAAUCAGUUGUUGGACAUGUCUGGUGGAUCUGGAGGGGCUGAAUAUGAGGCACCUGUGGAGGCCAGGAAUCAAAGCCCUGCUGAGGAUCAUAGAACUUGUAGGAGCCAACUACCCUGAGACACUGGGCCGUCUGCUCAUACUGAGAGCCCCUAGAGUGUUUCCUGUGCUGUGGACUUUGGUAAGUCCAUUCAUUGAUGAAAACACACGUAAGAAGUUCCUCAUAUAUGCUGGGAAUGACUACCAGGACCCUGGAGGUCUGGUGGACUACAUCAACAAAGACUUCAUACCUGAUUUCUUAGGAGGAGACUGUCUGUGUGAUGUUCCUGAGGGUGGUCUGGUUCCAAAGUCUCUGUACCGUACAGCUGAAGAACUGGAAAAUGAAGAUGUUAAACUGUGGACUGAAAACAUCUACAAGAGCGCAAGCGUGUUUAAGGGAGCUCCACAUGAGGUACUGAUAGAAAUUACUGAUGCAUCGUCGGUAAUUACAUGGGACUUUGAUGUGUGUAAAGGCGAUAUUAUCUUCAAUAUCUACCACUCCAGAAGGGCCCCUCAACCGGCCAAAAGAGACGCACUAAGCGCACACAACCUCGCCUGCCCCUGCAGCAAUAAUGUCCAGUUCAUUGACAGAUCGUGGAUGCUUGGACAAGACUACAGCAUGGUGGAGACAGCCCUUACCUGCAGAGAGGGAGAGAGUGUACAGGGUUCUCAUGUGACACGCUGGCCUGGAUUGUACAUCCUGCAGUGGCGUUUUUACAGCAUUCCAACAUGUAUAUCAUCCAGCAGGCCACGUGUGGAUGACGUUCUGGCUUCACUGCAGGUCUCCUCACACAAAUGCAAGCUCAUGUAUUUCACUGAGGUGCUGCAGUCCACUGACUUCAGGGGCUCCAUGAGCAGUCUGGAGUCGAGUCACAGCGGCUUCUCUCUGCUCAGUGCCACCACCACCUCAUCCAGCCAAUCACAGACAAGUUCAACUAUUUCAAGAUAGCAUCUUUGUUCAGCUGGAAAGCAAGAAACUUUAGUUUGCGAGUUAAGCAAAAUCUCCUCUUCAAUGCCAAUAUACGAACCUGAUGGCCUGAAUCAUGGAACAGAACUUUAAAGGAUUGUUAAUAGUUCAAUACCAGUUAAACAGCACUUGUGGAGUUAGUGUUUAUUUUUACAAAAAUAAGUGACUCUAAUUUCGUUUUUUAAUAAUGAUUAGUUUUUUAAUAACUAAUAUAUAUAUAUAUAUAUAUAUAUAUAUAUAUAUAUACACACAGGGUUGGGGAGUUGCAGAAUAUGUGUAAUGGGAUUACAUAUUUAAAAUACAAAAUAUAAGUAACUGUAUUCCACUACAGUUACAGUUUAAAUCAUUGGUAAUUAGAAUACAGUUACAAUCAAAAAUUAUUUUGAUUACUGAAGAGAUUACUUUAUUUUAUUGUCAUUUGUUUCAUUUCAGAUGGAAAACAUUUAUAAAUAUAAAUGAUGCGAUUCAAAGUGCAUUUGAACAGCGGUGAAACACUUUCUUAUGAUGUGUUACAUUCAUACGAGCAGACAGAGAAGAACGUUUGAAGUAAGUUUGAAGUAAGUUUGGAGCAGAAGAAAUAGAAAUACAUUUUGGGUACAUUUCUAUGAAGAAAGUUCACGUUGGAUCAUAAUUUAUUUUUUCAAGUAAAACCUUUGAUAUUAGGGCUCAAUUCGUAUUCUUGAUAAUAACUUUUGUAUUGUCUUGCUGUAAAAAUAUUUAAAAAUCCUUAAAACAAGAUCAAUUUGAUUCAUCUUGUCUUUUUCAGAGAAUGUAUUUUUAACAUGUUUGUUCCCUUCCGAGGGAACUCGCACUGCGUCGUUGAAAACGAC